AUGUCCUACUACGACGUUGAUGCUAUCCUAACGGAUGCCGAGAAAGUCCCGUGCCAGUUCGAGCUCGACGUCCCGCAGCUCGGCCACCUCGACAACAGCCCCGAUGGCCUGAAGCCCGGCACCCCGCUCCUCCUGCCCCUCUGGCUCGCCGAGAUGCUCGCCCUCGCCUCCUCCGGCGGCGCCGCCGACGACGGCCGCGCGCCCCUCACCCUCAACCUCCCGCCCUGCCUGUCCGACGCCGUCGUCGCCGCGCUCAAGGCCGAGCCGCGCGCCGUCGCCCUGCGCGACCAGAGCCCGCACUUCUUCGGCGUCAGCGCCCGCAUGCUGGACCUGUUCGACGAGCGCGCCCUGGGCACGCUGCUGCGGCGCGCGUUCGUGGCGCGGGCGGCCGACGCGGCGAGGAGUUCUUGA